AUGUCAUUAUCAUUACAAGCUGAAAUUCUUAGUAUAUUAAUUGGUAUAAUGCGUAAAAGUGAACGUAAUUUAUUAGCAUCAAUUGAUGCACAAAUAUAUGAUGAAGCAUUAGAAUUAUUAAAUAAAAUUGAUAAUGAUGUUGUUGCUGAUUUAUUAGUUCAUAUUAUUACAGUUUCAACAUCAUUAACAGUUAGUGUGAAUGAACUUAAACUUCUUUUACAUUAUCUUAAAACAGAAAAUCGAAUAUGGAAAAAACAUUCUGUUAAAUUAUUAAAUAUAUUUAAAAGUCUUCCAUAUCGACAUGGACCUGAUGAAUUUUUUAAUUUUUCUGGUCGAAAUGGUUCUGGUAUUGUUUUACCACCAAUUAAUAUUUGGCUAUAUCAAAAUAGUUUUACAAUAACAACAUGGUUUCGUAUUGAUCCGGUUGCUAAUUGUGUGAUUGAAAAAGAAAAACCAUUUUUAUAUUGGUUUUGUACAUCGAAAGGUCAUGGUUAUACAGCACAUUUUGUUAGUAAUUGUUUAGUAAUAUCAUAUUCAAAAUUAAAAGAAAAAACAUUUCAACAUUGUAUACAAUUUGAAUUUAAACCACGAGAGUGGUAUAUGAUAACAUUUGCACAUGAAUAUCAACGUUGGGGUAAAAGUAGUAUACAUUGUUAUAUAAAUGAUCCAAUUGUAUCAAAUGCAUAUUUUCCAUGGAGUAUUGAAAGUGAUGAUUUAUUUGAUAAAUGUUUUAUUGGUUGUUCACCUGAUCGUCAUGAUUUAACAAGUUUUCCUUGUCAAUUAUCAACAUUUUAUUUAUUUAGUAUAUGUUUAGAACCAUUAAUUGUACAAGGUUUAUAUAAAUUAGGACCAGCAUAUAAAAAUCAAUUUAAAUUUGAAAAUGGAAGUGCACAUAUUCUAUCUGAUCUACAACGAAAAGCCAUGUAUGAUGGUAAAUUAAUGAAUUCAAUUGUAUUUAAUUAUAAUCCAAUUAGAUGUGAAGAACAACUUGUUUCACAAGCUGCACCUAAAACAAAUAUUUCAUAUUUUAUUCAUACAGCACAUGCACAAAUGUUAAGUAAUGUUCGAUCUGUAAUAACAUAUUCAAUUUAUUCAACAUUACAUAGUGUUGGUGGUAUACAAGCAUCAAAACAACAUAUUAAUAUGGAUGUACUCAAUUCUCUUAUAUCAUUAACAACAUUUUUUGUUAAAAUUGAAAGCAAAAAUAGUCCAUUAUUAUUAAAACAAUUAUUUGUUCAUAUAUUUUUUAAUCCUGCUAUAUGGAUUUAUUGUUCAGUUGAUGUUCAAAUGCGUUUAUAUACAUAUUUCGCAACAGAAUUUGUUACUUAUUCAGAAAUUUAUCAUUUAAUACAACCAAUAAGUGAAAUAAUUCAAACAUUACAUACAUUAAAAUAUUUCUAUUGGAUUGUUGAUCCACGUCAUCGAAGUGGUUUUAAGACAAAACGUUUAGAUGGAAAUCGACCAACACGUGAACAAAUUAUUGAAAUGAGAAGUUAUAUGUUACUCCAUUUGAAACAACUUGUUAUUAGUAGUUCUGGUAGUCAAGAAGAAGAACUUCAAGCUAUUCUUAAUUAUCUUCAUACAGUUCAUGAAGAUAAUAAUCUUAUCGAUGUAUUAGAUAUGGCUGUAAAUCUUAUGUCUGAACAUCCAAGAACAAUGGUACCUGCAUUUGAUCGUCGACAAGGAUUAAGAACGGUUUUUAAAUUAUUAGCAAGUAGUAGUGAAAUAACACGUUUAAAAGCAUUGAAAUUAUUAGGAUUUUUUCUUCAACGAAGUACAAUACUUGUGGAAAAAGUAAGUGGAUUAGCUGUUGAAAAACGAAGUUCAAAAAUUACAGCUGAUUGGAAAAUUGAAAAUUCAGUAAUUGCAACAUUACUUCGAAAUGCAGCUGAUAAUAUUCAUUUAUAUGAUAUUAAAUUACGUUUUCUUGAUGAUUUAAUUUUACUUGCAUCAGCAAUAUUUGAUUUAUUAAAAAUUUUAUUACAUCAUGCUAUUAAAUAUGAAUAUGGUGGAUGGCAUAUAUGGAUUGAUACACUUUCAAUAUUAUAUGGACGAAUAACUAAAGAAGAUUACUAUCGAAAAGUUAAUAAAAUUGUUGAAAGUAUGAAAGAUGAUGAUGAACAUGACCCUAAAACACCAGUUACUCCAGGAAAACUUAGUGAUUCACAAAUUCCAAUCGAUGAACAAAAUGUUUCAACACCUACAAAAUCAACAUCUAGUCGUCAAGUAUUUAAGACAAAUCAAUUACCACCAUUUACAAUAUCUCAAUUUAAAUAUUCUCCAAUGCAUAUUCGUCUAUUACAUAGUGUUUUUGAUUCAAUCGAACAUGAAAUUGAAUUAUUAGAAAAUACGGAAGGUUUAUCACCUAAAGAUGCAUUAAAAAUUUUAAAACAUGUUAUGAGUUUAUCAGAUUUAUUUAUACUUGCAAAUACGGGAAAUUUUUCUGAACUUGAACAAGAAAAAAGUAUGCCAAAUGGUGAAAUAUUACGACAAUGUCUUCGUUUAUCAAUGACAACUGCUGUAUGUCAUUGUAUGAAAUGUCGUUUUCAAAAAUUUGAUUCAUCAAAAUUAUCAAAUUCAACAUUGACACAAAAAACAUCAAAUAAAGAUCCACUUGAAAUUUUACAAGAACUUGAUGUUCAACGUUUACGUGCUAUUAUCUGUCGUGAUGUGUAUCCUUUUUCUUUAUAUUAUUAUUGUUUUGCUUUAUAUGUUUGUUCUUUUAUCGGUGAUACAAAACAAUCACAAUUUUUAGCAUUACCUAUUGUUUAUUUUGUAUCAGUACUUAUGGUAUCAAGAUAUCGAGAUAUAAUUGAAACAAAUCUUUCUAGACAAGCAUCAAUUAUAAGUACAACACCUAGUAUUCGACAUGGUUCAACUAGUGAGAUUAAUGUAGAUACAGCUAGUAUAAAUGAUUCGACAUCGAUUACAAAUAAUCAAAAGAAUAAUGGUGAAUCAGCAGUUAUUGAUGAUAAUAAUGAAAUUAAUAAAAUCAAUUCAAUCGAUAUGAAUAAUACAAGUGCUACUGCUAUUUCAUACGAACGUGCAUUAUCAAAUAUUGCACCAUUUUUAUGUGAUAUAUUUAUAGAAUAUUCACAUAUUCUUACAAAAACAUUAGUUGGUUCACAUGGACAAGAAUUAUUACCAAGUGGUUUACAUGCACUUAAACAAACAGCAUCUAUUGUUGAACUUGUUAUGUUAUUAUUUAAUGAAGGACGUUUAUUAUCACAUACAAGUAAAGAUCAUGUUGUUAAAGUAGCUAAUGAAGCUGAUUUUAUACUUAAUCGUAUGCGUGCUGAUGAUAUAUGUAAAGCAAGUGAAUUUGAACAAUUAUCAGCACAAACAACAGUUGAACGUAAAUUUGAAGAACAAUUAUAUGAACAUUUUAUAACAGGAGUACGUCAACGACAUCAAGUUAUAGCAUCACAUGAUUUAAGACGACGACAACGUUUAAUACGUAAUCCAAAUGGUUCUAUACAUAGUGAAGCAAAACAAAAAUCAUCAUUUAAUGGUAUUAAUGAUGACAUAAUAACAUCUGUUAUACAAGAAGAAAAUUUAUUAAAACAACAAAAAAUACAAAAUUUUAAUCAAACAAUAUCAGAUGAUGAUGAAAAAGAUCUUGAUCAAGAUUUUUCAGGACCAAUAUGUUUUUCAACUGAAUAUAAAGCAUUAGAAAUAUUUGUUUCGAAUAGAACAAGUGUUAUGUUUGCAUUUAAUGAUCGUUCAAUUGUAAAAAAAGUUGUAAGCUUUUUACCUCGAGUUGGUGUUGGUGGUCGUUAUGGUUUACCACAAUAA